CCUGAAAAGUUGUGAAGAAUUUCCUUCCGUUUCGUAUUGGGCGAAAUUCAAGCGUUUGAUAGUUAUAGCUGUCUUUAACGGUGAUCCACUUGCACAACAACAUCUUAUAUCGCAAGUAAUACCAUUUUAUUUUUGUUAGUCGUCAUUAUUGUUGCAUUUUGACGCUAACAUUUGACUGAGAGAAGCCAACAUCGCAACAGAGACUAUUGUACACAACGGAUUGCGACUGAUCAGCGUUGAUCGCGAUGACUACAGCGGCAAGACCAACAUUUGAACCCGCUAGGGGUGGAAGAGGUAAAGGGGAAGGUGAUCUUAGUGCGUUAUCAAAGCAAUAUUCCAGCCGAGAUUUACCAUCACACACAAAACUUAAAUACAGUUCUAAGUCAGCUGGCCUUGACAAUACAUCAUCUAAACUUUUGCGUAUUUCUGCUCCAUUCAUUUGUGAAAGUAUUGUUUAUUUAUUCAACCUUAGCAUUUCAUCAGGUAUUUUUCCAGACAUGUUUAAGCAUGCCAAAGAAACAGAACAAAAGCUUGAAGAAGAACGAAUUAGAACAGAAAACAUUUUGAGUGGUAAUCCUUUAUUGCAGGGUCAACAAAAAAUUGAUUUUAAAGUCAAGAAGAGACCACACCUCUGUCAUUUACAUAAGCCUAUGUUGACAAUUUCUAGUGUUUCAGCCGCAGACAAAAGAAGGGAAACAGAACAAAAGCUUGAAGAAGAACGAAUUAGAACAGAAAACAUUUUGAGUGGUAAUCCUUUAUUGCAGGGUCAACAAAAAAUUGAUUUUAAAGUCAAGAAGAGGUGGGAUGACGAUGUUGUAUUUAAAAACUGCGCCAGAGGUGAAGAUGACAAAAAAGAUGGUAAAUUCAUCAAUGAUACACUCAGAUCAGACUUUCACAAAAAGUUCAUGGAAAAGUACAUCAAAUAGCUUCAUAUUUUUUUUAUCUUUAUCAUUCAUGUUUUAACUUUGGCCAAACUUGAUUUGUGCAAAUCAAGCUUAGCAACCCGAUUGAGCGAGAAUAAAAUCACUUGAUUUCGAUAUUCUUAAUUGGGUCUUCUGAAUGUGCGAUAAUCUUGUUCAGUCACUAAGAUGCAGUUCCUGGAUGUUAAAUAAACAAGGGAAAGGGGGAGCAUAUUGUAUGAGAGAGAUUAACCUUGUAAACUAUUAUUUUUGUCUAGUGUAUUCCUUUAUUAUGUAUGUCAAUAAAUUGUAUUCUUGUUUUA